AUGCGGGAAUAUUUUGGGACAAAUGGAAAGUGUCGUGACCGUGUGAGAUUCAUCAAGGAUAUAGCAACUGAACCGACUGUGGUGCAUGCUAAGACAAGAGAACAAGCAGGGGCCACAGUUAGAGUUGAGAGACAAAUAGCAUGGCAACCUCCGAAAAGCGGCUGGUGGAAGAUGCAUACCGAUGGAGCAGCUAGAGGGAAUCCGGGCUUAGCCUCAGCAGGUGGAGUUCUACAGGAUGCCAGUGGAGGAUGGGUCUGUGGGUUCGCUCUCAAUAUCGGCAUAUGCUCAGCUCCACUAGCAGAUUUAUGGGGAGUGUACUACGGACUCUAUAUGGCUUGGGAGAUACGAGUCCCGCGUUUGAUUAUUGAGCUGGACUCCAAGAUUGUGAUGGGUUUUCACACAGGAAUUAGUGAUUCUCACCCCCUGUCAUUCCUAGUACAGUUGUGCUAUGGCUUUGUUUCAAGAGACUGGUUAGUCCGGUUUCAACAUGCAUACAGAGAGGCAAAUCGGGUGUCUGACGGCCUUGCGAACCAUGCAUUUUCUUUACCUUUAGGUUUUUAUUCCUUCACCUCUGCUCCUACUGAAUUUCAGUUUUAA